AUGGCAGAAGAUGUUUCUGUUGCUGCCAAAAUUUUGAACAUACCCGAAGACGACGAUAACUCCGAUUCUGAAGAUAUCAAGCCGGUAAGGAAUAGUUUUUGGGGUAUGUCCGACCCACCACCUUGUCCGGACCCAGUUAUCAAAAGUAGAAAGGGAAACAUUUCCUACCAGCUUACAUCUCAUGUCAAAGUUCUACAAAUCUUUGACUCGAAGGAAGCACUUAAGCUCGCAGUGGGAUUAAAGUGCGUUCAUGAAAACUUUCAGAUGAAAGUAAAGAAAUCUUCCAAACACCGGUACGAGGUGGUCUGUCACUCAGAUUUAGACUGUGAUUGGCGUUUGAUGGCUGUUUCCAUCGAUGGUACCAGUAUUUUUCAGGUACACAAGCUCCAUAACAAACACACAUGUUCAAGGUCCCAAGUGCACCCAAACCAUCGUAAUGCGAAUAAAAAGGUUUUGGGUCAUAUAUUGGCAGAUAGUCUAAAUGAUUGUAGGAGAGUGUACCGUGGUAAAGAAAUCAUGGAAGAUGUGAACCAACGGUUCAAUAUUAGCAUCUCCUACCACCAAGCAUGGCGAGCAAAGAUGUAUGCCUUGCAACUGUUGAGGGGGACCCCGGAAUCGUCGUUUAACCUACUCCCGGUUUAUUGUCACAAUCUAAAGCUAGCAAAUCCUAGGACUGUGACAGAGAUUGCUCUUGAUCCACUAGGACGAUUCGACAUGUUGUUUGUCGCACUCGGUUGUUCGAUUCGAUCGUUUCUAGGACACAUGAGACCGCUUCUUAUAAUGGACGGUGUCCAUCUGAAGGGGCCGUACGUUGGCACCAUGUUCUUAGCGGUCGGCAUGGAUGGAAACAAUGGUAUCGUACCCAUUGUAAUGGGAGUAGGGAAGACAAAAAGUGGCACGUCAUGGACAUGGUUUUUACGUAAGCUUAGGCAGUAUAUCGGUGAUGUGCCCAAUUUAACCUUCGUCACCGAUAGGACUGCCUCUAUCGACCUGGCCAUACGAACUGUAUUUCCUUCUGCGCACCAUGGACUUUGUUGUCGGCAUUUGAGCCAAAACCUCCGCCUAAACUCUAUUAAAGAGAAAAGGAAACGGUGGAUUUUCUGGGAGGCAUGCAAAGCUUACCGGUUGUCAGACUUUGAAGCUACUAUGGAUUUGAUGCGACAUAGUCUACCUAGAGCCGCUCAAUAUCUUGAGGAAGUUGGCUACGCUAGAUGGGCACGAUCGCACUUCGCUGGAUUACGUUACAGUGCAAUGACGUCCAAUAGUGUUGAGUCCAUCAACUCUAGUAACGCGGUUUGCACGCUAUCUUCCGAUAACACUGUUAGUUGA